AGAACCGCAGUGACUAUGAAGCCCGAGAGCCUUAUAGCAUCGGCAGCCAUCAACUUUGGGCUAGCUUUCAUAGUUCUCUCACUAUUCUCCAUCUUCAAGAAGCAGCCUUCAAAUGCUCCCAUAUACUACGCCCGUCGUCUAUCUAAACGACACCACAUUCCUUUUUAUCACUCUUUCACUUUCUCUCGCUUCAUCCCUUCCGUUUCUUGGAUUCGUCGCGCCUUUCGUGUUACUGAAGAUCAAAUCCUCCAAAUCGGUGGUCUUGACGCUCUCAUCAUAAUCAGACUCUUUAAGUUCGGCAUUAAUUUCUUUGGGGUUUGCUCGGUUAUUGGAUUGGUGAUACUUCUCCCUGUUAAUUAUGGUGGCCAAGAUGAACCAUCAAGGGUCUCCCUUUCCAUGGAUUCUUUUACCAUAUCUAAUGUCAUUAGAGGUUCCAACAGGCUUUGGGUGCAUUUUAUAUGCUUGUGCUUUGUAUCUUUCUAUGGACUUUACCUUUUGUAUAAGGAAUAUGAUGCAAUUUUGAUUCAAAGGAUCCAACGACUUCAGGACUUAAGACAUCGACCUGAUCAAUUUACUGUUCUAGUGCGGCAAAUUCCAUUAUGUGUUUAGCACAAGGAUUAUGACUGUUCUGUUGAUCACUUCUUCUCUAAGUUUUACCCUGAAAGUUAUCAUUCCCAUCAAAUGUUAUAUGAUGGAAGAGAGAUUGAAAAUCGUCUGAAACAGGGCAAAAAUAUUACAAAGAAGAUUGAGGAAUUCCGAGGGAGGUCCACAGUCAAGAAGCAUGGGAAAGAAUGCUUACUCAAUGACUCAACAGGAGAGGGUUUUCUGAAAAUUACCCUGCUUGAGGAAAAGGUUCAAGAAACUUCUCAUGAGAUUCGCCGGCUACAGGGUGAAGAUAUGCUGAAAGAAAAGGAGUUGCCUGUUGCCUUUGCCACUUUCAAGUCCCGAUGUGGUGCUGCAUUAGCUGCCCAAUCUCAGCAGCACCCGCAUCCACUUAUAAUGAUCACUGAAAUGGCUCCAGAACCAAGGGAUGUCUCGUGGAGGAGUCUGGCAAUUAUGCAUAAAUUUUUGCCGCUUUACAAAAUUGGAAUCAUUGUUUUAGCUGCACUCCUUACAAUUUUCUUCGCAGUCCCAGUCACAGCUGUUCAAGGAAUAGCUAAAUUUGAGAAGUUGAAGAAAUGGUUCCCUCCAGCCAUGGCCAUAGAGCUAAUACCAGGGGUAAGCUCCAUCCUGACAGGUUAUCUUCCAAGUGCUUUUCUGAGAGGAUUCUUAUAUAUCGUUCCCUUUACGAUACUUGGCAUGUCUCAAAUAGGUGGGUCCAUCUCGAAGAGCAAGGCAGAGAUAAAAGCUUGCAAUAUGGUUUUCUGUUUUCUAGUGGGAAAUGUGUUCUUUUUGAGCCUGAUAUCAGGGUCUUUACUUGAUGAAAUUGGAGAAUCUGUCUCUCAUCCUAAGAACUAUCCCAGUCAUCUUGCUAGUGCCGUCUCUGCCCAAGCUGAUUUCUUUAUGACAUACAUCUUGACAGGUGGGCUAUCAGGAUUUUCUUUGGAGAUCCUUCAGCCUGGCAUGUUCUUAUUGGAUUCUAUACUUUUACAUAUAUGUGGCCGAGGGAAGGAUGAAAAUCCUUAUCUUUUUUCACUACCCUACUUUAGAAUCAUCCCUUCAGUCUCCCUAUCAAUACUGAUAGGCAUGGUAUAUGCAGUUGUAUCGCCAUUGCUGCUACCAUUGCUUGUUGGCUACUUCUGUCUAGGCUACAUAGUUUAUGUCAACCAGAUUGAAGAUGUAUAUGAAAGUGUUUACGAGACAUGUGGACGGUACUGGCCAUACAUUCAUCACUAUAUAUUCAUCGCGAUCAUCCUUAUGCAAAUUACAAUGAUUGGCCUAUUUGGACUGAAGUCAAAACCAGCUGCUUCCAUAGCAACAAUUCCUCUUUUAUUGAUGACUAUAGCAUUCAAUGAGUACUGCAAGAUCCGUUUUCUUCCAACGUUUUGCCGUUUCACUAUUCAGGAUGCUGGUAAACAUGAUGAGCUAGAUCAGAAGAAUGGUCAGCUGGAAGUGAAUUAUGAGCAGGCCAGCAAUGCGUACCGGCAGCCUAGUUUACAGCCGGUAAACUGGACAGCAUCUGACUCCAGCUUCACCCUGCCAUUAGUUUCUCCAUUAUAAUUUUAAUCUGGAGUAUCUCUGCUAUCCAUUCUCUUCUUUUCCCUCGAUUUCUUUUUUCUAUUUUUUGGUUUCAGUUCUCCUCCUUGUGUACAUUUUCAUUUUUCUAAUUUUUAAAGCUUCUUAUAGUUUGUGGAA